UGCAUUGACACUUGUUUGAAAGUAUGAUAUAAGUGUCGUGUGAAGUAUGUGAUAGGUAUUUAACGUUUUUGUUUCACAGAUGUUAAUUGUUACAGUUAUAACAAGAAUUGAUUGUAUACAAAAAUAGCGCCAUGGCUAGUAUAAGGACUGCUGAUAAACGAAAUGCUGGUACUGUGGGGUUGCUGUAUUCCUAUUAGUGUUCUAAUUAAUCAUGUCGGGACACGCUGUUGUUGUGUGGGAAUGGGAAAAUAGACACGGACGUUGGCGACCGUAUAGCCCAGAGGUUUCACAGCAUCUUGAAAGAGCUAACUGCAAGAAACUGACAAGGGUCUUCCUGAGUGACGCCGACCCAUCGUUAGAGAAGUACUACAUAGAUCUGAAAACGAAAACCCAGUGUUCCGAAGAUGCAGGUGUUCCCCACAAUGUUAGGAGGAAAUGUUAUUCCCUGGAUUCGCCUGCAGCAAAAGGAGCAAAGUGGGAAUGGGCUGGUGACAGCCCGGGAGACUGGCAUACUUACGAUAUGGAUAUCCAGUGCCUUAUAGAAACAGCAUGGGCAAGGGGAGACCAGACGACUGACAUCAGCAAGACCCAUGGUGGUUUUCCCUACAUUAUUAAUUUUUGUAACCUGACCCAAGUACGGAAUAACACUGGUUAUGUGCGUAAUAUCAGAAGAGUUCAACAAGCUCCUUAUCCAUUGGUGAAAGUACAGCCAGAAGAGAUUGGUAGUGUGGCAGGAAGGAAGGUCAGUAACAACACCAGCAGCAAUAAAGUUGUUACCCAGAAAACAACAGCAGGGCUGUCAAAGGAUAAUGUUGGCACAAGUAAAAAACAGACAUUUUCUGGGAUUAAAAAGAAUGUGAAGAAAGGGAAAACGUCUAAUGAAGGUGCUGGUAACAUUGCACGUAUAUUGAAUAACUUGAAUAUAUUUGGUAAUAAAGCAAGUAACAACUCUCUUCCACUUCCACCUACAGUGACUGUCACAAAUUCCACUAAGGCAGUUCCUGUUCGUGGAAGCAGUGGUAGUGAAUCAGUAUUAGAUGCAGAUUCCAGCAGCACAAAAAGUGGGCGACGUCCUAGUGUUGACACAGUCUCCACCUAUCUUAGCCAUGAGUCAAAGGAUGGGGAGCUUAGAGUUUCACAGAGGGAUUUGUUGGAUUGCAGUGCUGGAAGUGAAGAUGUAUUUGAAAGUGGACAUAAAACUAAUGUUGCUUAUAAACAGAAGAAAUAUCCUACAGAGAGUGGCACAAUAGUCGGUGUUGACCCAGCAAGCAAUGUUAUAUCCCAGUACGUCCGAGUAGUAGAAGACGGUUGUUGGACUGAUGCUCGGUGUCCCAUUUGCUUGAUAGGACUGGUCGACUCGGGUAGUGUGGUUGUGGCAUUGACAAGAUGCUGCCAUCAACUUCAUCUGGAUUGUCUCAACUCUAUGCUCACCAGGCAGAUACCGGGAGGCAAGAAUCUCUUCAUCCAGUGUCCUGUAUGUAUGACAAUAUAUGGUGAGAAAUUUGGAAACCAACCAGAAGGCAGCAUGGACUGGACAGUUUUGAAUUAUUCUCUGCCUGGACAUCAAGGAGUUAGAACUAUACAGAUAACAUAUAAUAUAGCUUCUGGAAUCCAGGGCCCAGAGCAUCCAAACCCAGGACGACCGUACUAUGCUGUUGGAUUUCCAAGAAUAUGCUAUCUUCCUGAUUGCGAGAAAGGGAGGAAAGUGCUGAAACUGUUGUCAGUUGCAUUUGAACGGAGACUUAUAUUUACAAUAGGGCGAUCAGUUACUACUGGCAGGGAAGAUGUGGUAACGUGGAAUGAGAUACAUCAUAAGACUGAGCCAGGAUUAUCAAAUAUGGGACAUGGUUAUCCAGAUCCAGGGUAUCUGGACAACUGUUUAAGAGAACUGGCUGCUCAUGGAGUUACAGAUGAGAGUUUGUAUCAAGAACUGUAAAAUGUUCCUGUAAUGUGUUCUCUGUCUGAUGUAAAUAUAACAGUGCAUUGUGUGCUCUGUGAUCAUUUUUUCAAAAA